AUGGCAGAACAGAAUAGUACCCAUGAUUUUGAAACUUCGCUCAACAACAUGGAACCCAAUAUGAAUAUACCGUCUGAUCCUCCAGAACCAUCUUUAAGUGAGCAAACAACGCCUCAAAAGACAGCCAGUAACUCUGAACUGAGUAGUAGUGCACCAAGAUCGAUAGUGGGCGAUAUCAUAUCGAAUAGGUCCAAAAAAUCUUCGUUCCCCACGUCAUCUCCUAUAUUUAAUAACGAAAAGAAAGCAGCGCAACGCAAUAGAACUAGACAAUCAAGAAGAGAAACAUCUACUCUACAGAAAAGGGGUGGAUUGGACGCAAUGGAGAAGUUCAUAAUGGAAAGUGAGCAAAGAGACGAGAUGGAGAACUUGAAUUUGCAGGCAAUGAACCAUUCUAUCCCCUUUGAUCACAUCACUACACUGGAAGAAGAACAACGAGAACAAAUCGAGCUUGAAGAUGAUGAUUUGCUACAGUUUAUAGAACACAGAGAGGAAUAUGAACGUGAAUUAGAGCAACUGUUGAGUGAGUUUUCUGUCACGUGA